CUGCUUCCCAGAAAGGGCUAGGGCCUGGUUGCCGUUGGGGGAACAGGCAGGGGGUGUGUGAAAGGCUAGAGCCAAGCUUGCUCCAGAAGGGGCGGCAGAGUGAGGGGGAAGCCACGCAGCCGGGGUGAGGGUGGUUAGCAAAAACAGUCCCUAGCCAGGUAGCAGUGCAGCCCCCGCCGGGGAUCUGCCUUUCUCCUCCCGCGGCAGGAAGGGGAGGCGGAAGAAAGAGGAAGAAGCUCCAGGCAGGCUGGGGGAGGGAGGAGCAGUCUCGAAGGGAGGCGGCAGACGCACAAGAUGGCCCCUGCUGCAAAGGCAGCAGUAGCAGCUGGUCGUGGGGCGGCGGCGGCCAGGCGGCCUCUGCUGCCGGUGCUGGAGGCAGUGGGUGCUGCGGCCAGCCCCGUGUCCCAGAGCUGAGAAAAGCUGCGCUGGGAGCCCAGCCGUGCGGUUAUGUUUCACACUCUGUGCUGGUUGUCUGUACUUACAGAAGAUAUUUAAAAACAAACAUUUUUGUCAAAGAUUUUGAUUCCAGUGGAAUCUGUGCUUUAGAUUUUGUCUUGUGAAUUAACUUCUGAAACAAUGCCUGUACAAGCUCCGCAAUGGACGGAUUUUCUCUCUUGCCCAAUUUGCACACAAACUUUUGAUGAAACGAUCCGGAAGCCCAUCAGCUUGGGCUGCGGCCACACUGUCUGCAAGAUGUGCCUCAACAAGCUCCACCGUAAGGCAUGCCCCUUCGACCAGACCACUAUCAAUACAGAUAUUGAUCUCCUCCCUGUGAAUUCAGCCUUGUUGCAGCUAGUGGGGGCUCAGGUUCCUGAGCAGCAGCCAAUUACUUUGUGCAGUGGAGCAGAAGACACCAAACAUUAUGAGGAGGCCAAGAAAUGUGUGGAAGAACUAGCACUGUACCUCAAACCACUCAGCAGUGCGAGAGGUGUGGGUCUGAACAGUACCACUCAGAGUGUGCUAAGUCGCCCCAUGCAGAGGAAGCUUGUAACUCUAGUUCACUGCCAGCUAGUAGAGGAAGAAGGACGGAUCAGGGCCAUGCGUGCAGCACGGUCACUGGGUGAAAGAACAGUCACAGAGCUCAUUCUUCAACAUCAAAAUCCCCAGCAACUCUCUUCCAACCUCUGGGCUGCAGUGAGGGCCAGGGGCUGCCAGUUCCUGGGGCCAGCAAUGCAAGAGGAAGCACUGAAGCUAGUUCUGCUGGCUCUAGAGGAUGGAUCUGCUUUGUCACGAAAGGUCUUGGUUCUCUUUGUGGUGCAGAGAUUGGAGCCACGGUUUCCUCAAGCUUCAAAAACCAGCAUUGGGCAUGUUGUCCAGCUUCUUUACAGAGCCUCCUGCUUCAAGGUGACUAAACGUGAUGAGGACUCCUCCCUGAUGCAGUUGAAGGAGGAGUUCCGUACCUAUGAAGCUCUGCGAAGGGAACAUGAUUCCCAGAUUGUGCAGAUUGCCAUGGAAGCAGGUUUACGCAUUGCACCGGAUCAGUGGUCCUCGCUGCUAUAUGGUGAUCAGUCCCACAAAUCCCACAUGCAGUCCAUCAUUGACAAGUUGCAGACCCCAGCCUCAUUUGCACAGAGUGUUCAAGAACUAACCAUUGCUCUCCAGAGGACUGGAGACCCAGCCAACCUGAACCGGCUUCGACCUCACCUAGAGCUCUUGGCAAAUAUUGACCCUAGUCCAGAUGCCCCACCCCCAACAUGGGAACAACUAGAAAAUGGAUUAGUUGCUGUGAGGACAGUAGUACAUGGACUAGUUGAUUACAUCCAGAAUCACAGCAAGAAAGGAACAGAUCAGCAGCAGCCUCCUCAGCACAGCAAGUAUAAGACAUACAUGUGUCGAGACAUGAAGCAGAGAGGAGGGUGUCCCCGUGGAGCCAGCUGCACCUUUGCACACUCACAGGAGGAAUUAGAAAAAUUUCGUAAAAUGAACAAACGCCUGGUUCCCAGAAGACCACUGAGUGCCUCCUUGGGCCAGCUAAAUGAGGUGGGCCUGCCUUCAGCAGCUAUCCUCUCGGAUGAAGGGGCAGUGGACUUGCCCAGUAGAAAAUCCUCUGCCUUGUCGAAUGGGAUUGUGUCUACGGUCAGCACAGGGACGCAGCUUAUCUCCCGCGGGACCGACUCCAGCUUUGAUUCUGCUCUGAAGCCAGGGAAGAUCGACCACCUUAGCAGCAGUGCCCCUGGAUCCCCUCCUGACUUGCUGGAGUCUGUCCCCAAGAGCUCUAUUUCUGCCUUACCAGUGAACCCCCACCCGGUGCCCCCAAGAGGACCUACAGACCUGCUCACAACGUCCAAGCAACUCCAAAUUGUACCACGAGGGUCACAGUUGUAUCCUGCUCAACAAGGAAAUGUAUUUUAUCAGGAACCUAGAGGAUCUGCCCCACCAUUUGAGCCAUCACCUUAUCCACAAGGUGUGUACUAUCCUACUCCGUCCUCACAGUGCAUGUCUCGUUUUGUCCGACCUCCACCAUCUGCUCCUGAACCUGGUGGUCCUUACUUAGACCAUUACCCACCCUACCUUCAGGAUCGUCUGGUGAAUUCGCAGUACAGCACACAGCCACAGCAGUAUCCUCCCAUGGGACAACCUAUGUACCCACAUUAUGAGAGCCGGCGUGUGUACCCCUCUGCCCAACCAUACCAGCGGGAAGAGAUUGUCCGAGGAAGCCCCGUGCCCAUUGACAUUCCACGUGGAGCUGCACCUCCCUAUGUACCUGAAUCCAGAGACAGAUACCAGCAAGUGGAGGGUUAUUAUCCCGUGGGUCCACAUCUCAAUCCGAUCAGACCAUACCACAGAGAGACUUAUAACCCACUUCCGCCUCCAUCUCAAACCCAUCCCAGCCUGGAUGAGCUUCAUCGCCGAAGGAAGGAAAUCAUGGCCCAGUUAGAAGAAAGGAAGGUGAUCUCCCCACCUCCUUUUGCACCGUCACCAACUUUGACUCACCCCUUCCACCCAGAGGAGGUUUUUGUUUUUGUACAGUACUCGGAUGAAGACCUGAAAGUAGCUGGGAAAUACAAAGGAAAUGAUUAUAGCCAGUACUCUCCUUGGUCGUGUGACACCAUUGGCUCCUACAUUGGAACCAAAGAUGCAAAACCCAAAGAUGUUGUGGCAGCAGGGAGUGUAGAGAUGGCGAACAUAGAUAGUAAAGGCAUGCGUGACCAGCGGUUGGACUUACAGAGAAGGGGAGCAGAAGCUGGGGACGAUGACCUCAUCCCAUUUGGAGACCGGCCAACUGUGUCAAGGUUUGGGGCCAUCUCGCGUACUUCCAAAACGAUGUACCAGAGUUCUGGCCCCAUGCAGGCCAUGGCGGUACAGGGAGCUUCCACCAAAUCUAUCAACAUUUCAGAUUACAGUCCAUAUGGAACUCAUGGCGGUUGGGGAGCUUCUGCAUAUUCACCCCACCAAAACAUACCUUCUCAGGGACGUUUCAGUGACAGGGAGAGAUUGUCCAUGUCAGAUGUGGCCAGUCACGGGAAACCCUUGCCGUCAGCUGAGAGGGAGCAGCAGCUCAGGCUGGAACUGCAGCAACUAAAUCAUCAGAUCAGCCAGCAGACACAAUUACGAGGACUGGAGGCUGUUAAUAACAGGCUGCUGUUGCAGAGGGAGGCGACCACCCUGGCAGGCCAGCCACAGCCGCCACCUCAUAAAUGGCCUGCAAUGAUCUCAAGUGAACAGCUGAGUAUGGAACUGCACCAGGUGGAAAGGGAAAUCGGGAAGAGAACCCGUGAGCUGAGCAUGGAGACCCAAUCUUCACUGGACAUGAAAAGCAACCUAGGCACCAAUAAACAGACAGAAAAUGGACAACUAGAACCACAAAGCAAGGUUCCAGCUGAGGACCUCACACUGACAUUCAGUGAUGUUCCAAAUGGAUCAGUCUUGACGCAAGAGAACAUCAGCCUCCUAUCAAACAAGACCACAUCUCUGAACCUGUCAGAGGACCCAGAGGGGGGAGGAGACCACCAGGACUCCCAGAGAACAGGAGUUGCACCCACCUCUUCUCCAUGAAGUGAGGAAAGCAUCCCUCCCAGAGUUUCUGUUGGGGAGGAGGAGUUGGUAGCUUCCAUCAUGCUUCCCUCUAAAGGUGAUCAGAGAAACACAGAAGCAGCAGCACAGGAGGUCCGGAGGCAAUGUGCACAAACACCACUACUAGAAACAAACCCUGCACAUAGUUCACAUUAAUGCGUUUUUUAAUUAAAAAAAAAAUUAGCAGUAUCUGCAAGCAAUUCAGAUUAAAUUUGUUUUUGUUCUGUGAAUGAACUUUAUUUUAAUAACUUUGGACGCCUUGGAUACAGGGCUUUAAAAAAAAGAUAUUAUAUAUAUAUACUCUGUUUGAUUAAUUGUAUGAUCUUAAUGAAGUAGGUUUUUUCUUUUACUUUGGUAUUAUUACAUACCCAGUGUAUAAUUCCUUAACACCUCCACUCCCUUUCACCUGAGAACAACAUUGGCUGCCUCCUUGUAUGAAUAUAAAGGUGAAUGAGGGACAUAGGAUGGAGGGAGGCUAUGAAUUAGUGUCAGAAAACAUGCAGCAAACAUCAGUAGCUUUUUAAAAUGAAUUUCUUGUAAGUAGGAGUUGUCCAACGCCUACACUACCUUUCUACUUAUACCCAUUGGCUUUUAGCCACAGUUGAUGCAAUCGUUCCAGCUCAGUGAAAGCAUUCCAUAAUAUCCAUCCCACUGCAGCAUAUAUCCCCAAGGCUAUUAUUUAAGCAGUAGCAAAAAGAAUCUGGUGUAUGUACAUUACAUUUAUUUAACUAGGAACUGAUAUGACAUUGUAUUUUGUGGUUGGGAUUAGAGUUCAGCAAAGGACAGAGGGCCUCAACUAGUUGAGACCUGUAUGUUUCAGACUUCCGGAAGAGAUUGAAGAAAUUAGUUGUCUAGCUCCUGAGCUGCUUGGCCAGCCAGCAGUUGGCACUGAGAAACACAACAGAGGCAACAAAAAGUUUCCAUCCCUUGCAAUAGGAAGGUAAAAAGAGAGCAAGAACACAGAUUUUAAGGAAGGAAAAUAACUGAAAACUAACUUGCAAAGAUUCUUUUUUUCAUCAGCCUCUAUUUAGAAAGAUGGAAGUUUCCUUUGUUAGGGCAUAGGAAGAUAGUCUUUUAUAAAGGGUCUUUUUUGUAGCUCAGCCUCUUCCAAUCAUGAUAGCAUCUAGGGUUGCUUCAGAAAGGGCAUUGACUACCUGUUAUGCACCCGAUCCAAAGCCCACUGGAGUCAGUCAGUGAAGAAACUUCCCUUGACUUCUAUGAGCUUCGGAACAGGCCUUCCAUUUGUCCUUUUUAAAAAAAACUACUUCAAUUAUAGCUUUUUUGCCUUUACUGAUCAUUACUAAGCUCCUUGUGUCUUCUGCUUUUAUAAUCUGCCACCUCUGGCCUGCAAUUUAUUUAUUUGUGGUGUCAGUGAAGGCUUCUCAUGGGAAGAGGAAGAGAACUUUUGUUUACAUGCACAAAACUUGGCAAUUAGCAAAAGUAGAGGAGGGCAAGUGUUGAAGUAAUAGUAAUGCUUGGUAAGAUCCAGGCAUACCAGAAUUGGACAGCAAAGACUGGAAAUUCAGCUGCUGCUCUUCAGCCUUGUCUGUCAUUGCUGCAUGGAAUCCUUUCAGAAGCCAGCAUUUCUUCUCUGUAGGAGAAAAGUUGCAUCCAGAAAUUGAUCCUGCCAGAAGCAUUUGGAAUACUUGAAAGCCAGGAUCUUGUUGUGACCUAUGUCAUUUGCUCAGUUUCCCAAUGGAGGUACGUAGGUGGAGAUGAUACCUGAAUGGAAGCAGUUUUAAGAAGUCACAAGCCUUUCAGUUCUGUGUGGUAUCAUUCCACUGAGAAGUUCCUCUUAACAGGCACAAAAAUCAGUGAGGAUUUGCUCUUGCUGCAUGUAUUUUGACCCUUUCUGCCGGCACUGAACUGAGCCCCUCUGAAUAGAAAACUCAAUGGAGAAGAGUCUGUUCAGUGUUGCUCCCUCCAUGCCUGUGUGGCCUGCUUUUUGUUUUUCUUUCUGGAUUAGACUACUAAAUCAGAAAGCACUGGUUAUGUAAUAAAUUUAUUGCAUUGCUUUGGUUGGGUAAAAGCAAGAGUUAAUACUUUUCUUGUUUAGUUGUUUCUUAACCCUUAACUCCUGCUGAGGUCAUAGGAACCUUGGACUAAGCUUUGCAUCCAUUAUACUGUUAAUUUAAACAAAAGGGGGGAGGGGGGAGAUACAGUCCCACUAUUGCCUACCAGUAGAGUGUCCAAACAGAAGACUCUUUCGAGUAGCGAUUAUUUAAUUUGCCCAGUCAAGGCACCGCAUUUAUAUACUAUUUCACAUUGAAUUUGAUUAUGCCCUACAGACCUGGCUGGUCAAGGAUUUGAUACACAUAUUGGCUUGGGAUUCGAGCUUUCUUUUUUAUUUAAAUAAAAAUUUAUAUAUAAAUAUAUAUAUAUAUACAUAUAUACAUAGUUAUAUCUGUAUAUAUAUUGGGUAUGUUUUAAGAAUUUUUUCACAUGAGCGCAGCUGUUCUGAUCAAAUGUCUGAUUGGGAGGUAGAAGCACGGAACGAAGAUAAAGCAUUUUCAGCUCACAGCCACACUCUUCGUGCAUUUGUGCACGUUUAUUUCACUCUUAGCUUAACUUUGGCCUCAGAAUUGCCGAAGAAAGCAGUUUUGAGGCUUGCUUUUAUUUUUUUCCUUGAUUUUGGGGAAAACUCUUUUCUCUGCCCUGGAUUCUCACCAGCUGCACUAUUUCUCCCACUCACGCAUGUUUACACCCUGCACCCUUCCUUGAUCAUGGCCUCCAUCCUUCCAGCUCAAGAGGACUGGGCUGACUUUGCUGAGAGAUUAUUUCUGUUCCAUCCUUCUCCCUGUUAGGGUGGGCUCAGUGCGCUGUCUUGACAGCAUGCUGGUGAGUGAGCUGAUUCAGGUACCCAUGCUGUGGUCUCUACUCCUGAAGUGAAGAUCACCACCACCAGGUCAGCUUUGACUUUAUUUUUAAGAAACCUUUUUUUCUGCUGUGUUUGUAUUAACACAAGCUCAUUUUAGUCAAGAUAAUUUAGUGCAGUAUUCUAAUCUAGGAGGGCAAGUGCAGAAUGCCAGAUUUUUUUUUCUUUUGACUAGAAAAAUCUUUACAUAAAAUAAUUAUAAUUACCAAAAAAUUUGCAUGCUAUGGCACAUUUUCCUCCACCGUAGGAAGAAAAUCUGGAGGGAGCAAAAAUAUUAUGGCCCAUUAUCUGUUGUGCCAACUAAUUGCAUUUCCAGUUCAGAACUGACCCUCUUUUCUCUAAGCCUAGGGAAAGAAAAAUUCUACAGUAAGAACUGUUCAGAUCACUACAUGUAGGUCAGCAAGGGUAAAUACUCCUAAACCUAUGGAUUAGAAAGAGUACCCUUAAUGUUGUUUUUCCCCCGUUUGUGCUGUACUUUUUGUGCAUAGUGUCCUUGUUGUGAUCAGUCUCUCCAGGUGAAUGCCCUGUUUGCUCAACAUUGUAGUUUGGCUUGUUAACUAGUCUGUUUAAUAUGUGCAAACCUUAUUGAUUUUGGCUUUGUUUCCUUUUUCUCCUGCUCUUGCACUUUCGCUAUGUUUCUUUGGAGAAGUUUAAGUGAUAAAACUAGUGAAAUAGGGAACCAGAAAAAGGCUUUAAGUUUUCACGAAGACAGUACCUGAAAUCCUGCCAGCAGAGCUGAGAACCCAUCACUCUUCAGGUGCAAGGACUAAUUGUUAAAACAGAUAACCUACAUUCCCAUGGACCAGCUAUGUUUACUGCUUCACUCAUUUCUGUGUCCUAUCCCUGUCCCUGUUACACCAGGACAUUGUCCAUUUCAGUUAAAUGAAACUGCUACAGCCUAGCUUGGUCACAUCUACUCCAGCAAGAACAGUGUUGGAAUACUGUUGGGGCAUUAUCAUGUUGUAUGGCAAGUAGGGUAGAUAUGCAGGUGUAGAUCAAACCUUUGAGUGCUUGUUGCUAGCAGAGUUUCAACCAUAAUGUACACAGAGCCCUAAAAAUGAGACACUUCAAACAGCAGGCUACUCUUCACAAUGUCAGACACAAAUGAUUGACCCACUAGGAGUAUAAACAAUUUCAUUUUCCUGUAAUAUCAUGGGUUUUUUCCUUCUUACAUGUGCCCCAGUUCCCCUAUCUUAAUGGUAGAAUUAUAUAUGCUUAUCUUCUAGCCAUUUGUAGGCUGCCCUGCCUCAUUUCAAAAUAGAAAUCCUGUGGAACUGAGCACCUUUCAUACAUGUAGUGCUGUUACCACUUUAACCUCAAAUUCUUCAGCUGUCUCAGUUCUACUGACCCUUGUUAUCUUCCUCUGGUCCACCUCUCUGGCUUGCCCAUCAUCCUCCCUGAUUGUGCAACAGUGACAGCUUGCUGCCUCAAAACAGAGCAUUCAAAUGAAUUCGCUUAGCCAAUAACUUCUGUGAAGUUGCCUUUUCUAAUGGUGUUAUUACUCAGUGAUGCACAAAUGUGAUAUUGCCCUACUGGUAGGCAAAUGGGGGGGAUCUGUAUAAACAUGGUAAACUGCUGUUUUUCUUUAAAGGAGAGCCAAAGACUUGUGCUUUUACUUUUUUUCCAUCUUUUUCCCCCAGGAUAGCCGUUUUGAUGAUCAAAUCUUUGUAGAAUUUUGUGAGUUGACUGUAUUCUCCUGGUAGCAGUUUGCACAGUUAAUGAUUGUCAAGCCUUAAGCAUAUGUUAAAUGGUGGUAUCAGUUCAUCUAGUUACACAAUUUGAAAAGGGUGUGUUUAAGCACCUAAUAUAUUUUGGAGUCUUCUAACUUUCAUACUUCUUCUUUCAUCCACUCCCAUGCACUCUCUCAGCUAAUUUUACAGGUAGCAGAGAAGGCACUUAGACGUUUACAUAGUUAAAAAAGCCAUGUUUAUAAACAUUAUUGCUGAUUAACCUGUUGGAUUUUGCUGAUUUAAAAUUAAAAUUUCUAAAAACUAGUUUGCUGCAAAUGUGAAUCUUUGACUCCUAAGGAAGUCCAGUGAGACUGACAAGACUCCUGUCCAGCUAUACCAUUGCUGUAAAUCAAAUACAGUACAAAUACUUCAUGCAAGGACAUUGUUGCCUACUGAUAACAAGUAUUUAAUAUCUGUGACAAACUCACUGAACUGCAAAGAAGAAGAAUCGGGCUUUUGAGUUUAACAUACAGUAAAGCCUUUUUUAAAACUACUUUCCAUUGGGGUCACUUAAAUCUCUUGCAGAUUAUGCUUUUGAAAUUCAGAGGGGAAUACCUAAACAGUGAAAGUAAUCAGAAAAUCCUCCACUUCUUGCUGUUCCCAUUCACAAAAGUGUGGAGCUUUUAAAAAUAUUCUGACAGCCACAGGUCAGUGAUAAGUACCAACCCUCAGGGCAGCUUUUUGAAGAGGGAGCACUUUGUCAAGAAGCUGUCUUCAGUCAAAGAUUGAUUUAACUUGAAUAAAAAAGCCCAAGAAAUUCAGUGCUAAAAAUGAGAGUAUUGAAUAGCAGUGCUGCCAGCUAGCCUCCUGUGUUUAACAAAUGGAAAACCAAUCCAUGCAAAAGCUGUUUGAGUGUGGAAAAGUACAUAGAGUAGUUUACAUACACAGGCAGAAUAACUGGCAUGACUUCCCUUACAUAACCAUCCAUUAUAUUGAUAUCCUUCUCUUCCCCUUGUCUCUAAACAUGUACACUUUCUGCUCCACCUCCUAAUAUUGGCAGUAUUGACAGUGAUUGAUGCUACCAUCCACAAGUUUACACACAUCUUUAACAUACUAAAACGCUUCCCCUGUCUUGUUCAGCAUAGUGAUUCAGACAUUGACCUGGUGAAAGGCCUGUUGUGCUAAAUGAAAUCUCAAUUUAGAUUUAAAAUUAAUCAGCACUUCUGAGCUACCUUCUAAACACAGUCUUGGUGCUGAGAAGUGACAUUUGUGUCCUUUGCGGUAUGUGAGUACAUGGCCAAGAUUGUUCAUAUGACACUGAAACGGAUUUGCUCUCACCAUAACUUUAAUAAGAAAUAUAAAAAUUAAAUACUGAUACCAUAUUGUUAAAAAGUGAUACCAUCAACUAUUUGCUUUCUGACAAAAUGGCAGAUCCUGGGAAGAGGCUUAAGUGCCAGUUCAGUUACAUGUCAAAAGUCAACUGGUCUCAGGGACCUUAUUCCAACUGAGUCUCCCGACACAGGUUCUACAUUGUAGUGAAAAACAGAUGUUAACUGUGUCUCUGAUCAUGCCUCAUCCUUGGAAGCAGUUGAUUGUUGUGAUGUAGAUGGGACCUUAAUUGGAGGAGAAAGGAGCAUUAAUGUCAUUUAAAUGUAUAAGUGGUGAGAGCUGUUUCAUGCCAGGGGAACUCUGAACACUAUAAGGGGAGAGAGUGGAGCUUUCUUUGAAAUCUUCUAAUGAAGGAGUGCAUGAAGAACUUGGCUCUUUCUCUGUGUACACUGGACUUUCUCCUCAACAGCCUCCCAGUGCAGGUGGAACUUUAUAACACUGUGGCCAAAAUGCCCAAACUUGGAUGUUGACAGUUUAGCCACCUGAAUAAACGGUCUGACCUUCAGUGCUAAUGAGCCCCUGCAGCUUCCACAGAGUUAACCUCUAAGUCCAGUACGAGCUACAGAUGCUCAGCAUCUCUGAAAAUCAGACAUCUUCCAUUCACGUGCUGAGCUCCAGCCACCAGAUUUUGGACACUUUUGCCCGAUCGAUCUGGAGUUGUGUAAGUUUCACCAGUUCCUCCUGGUUCUGGAAGUUUUGGCCAAAAGGAAAACACAGCAGUAUCAAUUUAAAAAUAGAAAAAUUUUGUCUUGUGGAAAGUACAACCAAAGGGAGAUGCAGUCCAUGAAAAGAAAAAGUAUUAGAUAUACUGAAAUAUGUAUAUGUAUCUGUAACUAAAUAACAAAAUCCUGUGGUGUAUUUGAUGUUUAUGGUAUAAACUAAAAAUCAUUUGCUUCUCUGUAAUAUUAAAGUUGUUAAUAAUUUGUGACAGAUAAUACUCACAAGUCUUUGGCAUCCAAACCAGAUUGUGUACUGGAUAGAUCCCACAACUGGACCUAUGCAGUGAGCUUUUCUAGCUUUUAUUAGAGGUGGCAGAAGCUUUCUCUGCAUGCAGAAAAUAGCUUUGAGUCAGGACAGGAAUAAUAACCCCCCUUGCAACCUAGCUGCUCCAUUGUUUGUAAUUUUUAUGCCAUUCCUUUGCAGUCUCUCCUAAGUGGGCACUGCAAUGUGGACAAAAUAGCCUAUAACGUGAGACUCUUAGCUUUUCUAGUGUCAGGAAUUUCUGCGUUCCCUGUGGCUUCUGCUUGCCAGGUAAGCAGCCUCUGUGCUAAGAGGAGCUUUCCUUGAAGAUCAGCUUAUCAGCUACACUGUAGCUUGAUUUAUUUUUUUAUUUUUUUCUGCUUUUGAUAACCGGUGAUAGUAAUGUGAAGAGCUCUGUCCCCAUUUUGUUCCACUCUAUGGGGCAGUGGGUGUUAGGUGUGUGUGGGAGGAUUGUGACAGUUGAGACAGAACAUACACAACCACAUGCAUUCCCACUUUAGAAGCCACCUGUUUCCAGUUGUGGGAUUUCUCUACGGAAAUACUUUUAUUUGUAAGCCUAGUUUUCUGUGGUUUCUUAGGCUCAUACCGGUCUCCCCGAGACAUUCUGCAGUCAUUAUCACCUUUUUGGGUGGAAUUUAUUUUAUUUUUUCAUUUUGGUUUUUUAAAAAUAACUUUUUAACAUUGGUGCAUAUAUGCUUGGGAUAGAGCUUGUGUAAUUUACCAAUCGUAUUGAUUGUAUGUGAUUGUGCCCUGCAGAGGUAUAUUUAACAAAAAAAAAAAAUUAAAAUAAAAUUAAAAAAAAAUAGGAUAAUAAAGGAGAACAUGAGACU